GGAAGAAAGGAGUUUGAGUUUUGACCAUCCAUGGUGAUCGUCUUUUUCUUUCUUCUUUCUUCAUUUCGUCUCCCUCACUCCACUCAGCUUCUCUUUUCUUUUCCCCUUAUCUUCUCCUGGACCCCUCAUGCAUAACUAGAAGCUCUAGCACAGGAGGGUGUGCCAAAAACACAGAAGACAUGAAGAUUGUUGGGGUGCUUCUCUUUCUCUUCUUCUCCACGUUUCUUACUCUCGGCUCUGCAGCUCCUUCGUCUUCUUCUCCCUCAGUUAAUAAUUCUACAUGUCCCAUGGAUCUGAACUAUGUGCUGAGAAUUCCGUGGAACUCUUCCAUGUGCCAAAAUUUUCAUCCUCUGCAUUCUGUAAGCGACACUCGAACAAGCCAUUGUUGCCAAACUUUACUGUCCCUAAUUGGCAUAGGGCUUGCUCAGCACCUUAAAGAAACCUCCAUGUUCAACCUCCCAGAUAUUCGUACUUCCAAUUCUUGCCUCCGUGACUUCCAAUCCAAGCUCUCUUCCCUCUCUCUCCCUGAAGACCUUACCUCGGCUUGCUUCGACCCGCUUCAAUUUGUGGUUAGCCCUAACGUCUGCGCGGGGAUCCAAACGAUUCGUGAUUGGAUCGGGAAGCUCGGAGAAACGACGCCACUUAACCGGGGAUGCAAACCGGACCUUACUGACCUUACUCUCUGUGGUGCGUGCGUGGCGGCGGGGUUUCAGGUUCAGCAGGAACUCACAAAUAUUGAUGGUAAUUCUUCACACGCCACAAAUUGCUUUCGCUUUGCUAUUUUGUAUGCCGCUGGUAUUGUGAAUGAGUUUGGGCCGAUGAGUAAUGGUGCUGUGACGUGCAUUUUUGGCAUGUCGGUUUAUCCAACGUUGGAUUCUGAAGAAAGUGGUCGCCAUCAAGCUCUUGUGUUUGGGUUAACCGGAGCUGGGGUUGGGUUGUUAGUCAUGUUCGCUUUGUUGGGUCUGUAUCUAUGGUAUGAUAGGAGGGGGAGGAGGAGAAAACAUGAGAGUUUUCAGUUUGAUAUUGAUCCUGAAGAGCAAGGAUCUAGGCCUAGAAUGAGGCCUAAUACGGGAUCAAUAUGGUUUAAGAUUGAGGAGCUUGAGAAGGCUACCAAUGGCUUUUCAUCUAAAAACUUCAUAGGAAGAGGUGGAUUUGGGAUGGUUUACAAGGGAACCUUGGCUGAUGGAUCAGUGGUCGCAGUUAAAAGGAUUUUGGAAUCUGAUUAUCAAGGGGAUGCUGAGUUCUGUAAUGAGGUUGAGAUUAUUAGUAAUCUGAAGCACCGUAAUUUGGUGCCACUUAGAGGGUGUUGUGUGGUAGAAGAUGGUGAGAAUUUUGAGGAAAGAGGUCAAAGAUAUCUUGUUUAUGACUACAUGCCAAAUGGUAACCUUGAAGACCAUCUCUUCCUAUCAUCAGUGGGCAAUCAAAAUGAAAAGAGAUCACUGACUUGGCCACAGAGAAAAGGCAUAAUUGUGGAUGUGGCAAAGGGGUUGGCUUACUUGCAUUAUGGAGUUAAGCCUUCAAUUUAUCACAGAGACAUCAAGGCCACCAAUAUACUACUCGAUGCAGAUAUGAGGGCAAGAGUUGCAGAUUUUGGGCUUGCCAAGCAGAGCAGGGAAGGUCAGUCUCAUCUCACUACUAGAGUUGCUGGAACUCAUGGAUAUCUAGCCCCAGAGUAUGCACUAUAUGGUCAGCUCACUGAGAAGAGCGAUGUCUAUAGCUUUGGUGUGGUUGUUUUGGAGAUAAUGUGUGGGAGAAAAGCUCUUGACUUAUCCUCAUCAGGAUCCCCAAGGGCAUUCUUGAUCACAGACUGGGCAUGGUCCUUGGUUAAAUCAGGGAACAUAGACGAGGCUUUAGAUGCUUCCCUUUUAAAAGAUGGUGAUUGUCCUACUUCAAAUCCUAAGAGCAUAAUGGAAAGGUUUUUGCUUGUGGGGAUUCUAUGUUCUCAUGUGAUGGUUGCUUUGAGGCCAACGAUUUCUGAAGCUUUGAAGAUGUUGGAAGGUGAUGCCGAAGUUCCAGAAAUCCCUGACCGGCCUAUGCCUCUUGGACACCCUUCAUUUUACAAUGAUGAUAACAAUACUUUUAGCAUAUCUCCAGCAUUAAACGGCCCAAAAUUGCGUAAUGGAGACAUGCUCAGGUUCAUGGGAGAUAAUUGAUCACUUCAGAAGGAUCUGAGGCCCAAGAUCUAACUUCCAGAGCCUAUCCCUCCCUCUUAUUUUUUUUCUUUUCAUGUGUGCGCCAUUUAAAAGGAAAAAAAAAAAAGCUCAAGCUUUUUGUUUUUUUGUUUUUGUUUUAAUCUCAACUUCUUUUGAUUCA